AUGGAAGCUUCUGCAACAACACCUAAGCUCCUUGUUUCCGACCUCGCAUCCACCGUUGAUCACGUCCCUUCAAACUAUGUCCGACCAAUCUCUGACCGUCCAAACUUCUCCGACGUUGUAACUUCCGGCGAUUCUAUCCCUCUAAUCGAUCUCGGAGAGCUCCAUGGACCCAAUCGAGCCGACAUUAUCAAUCAGUUUGCUCAUGCAUGCUCUUCUUAUGGCUUCUUCCAGAUCAAGAACCAUGGAGUACCAGAGAAAACGAUCGAAAGAAUGAUGAAUGUGGCAAGAGAGUUUUUCCGUCAGCCAGAAAGCGAAAGAGUGAAGCAUUACUCUGCGGAUACAAAGAAGACAACGAGGCUGUCCACAAGUUUCAAUGUCGGAACAGAGAAAGUCUCUAACUGGAGAGACUUCCUUCGACUCCAUUGUUUACCUAUCGAAGAUUUCAUCAACGAAUGGCCCUCAAGUCCUGUCUCUUUCAGAGAAGUCACAGCUGAAUACGCCAAGAGCGUUAGAGCCUUGGUCCUGAUACUUCUUGAGGCAAUCUCAGAGAGCUUAGGCCUUGCGAAAGACCGUGUAAGCAAUACAUUGGGAAAGCAUGGUCAACACAUGGCUUUAAACUACUAUCCGCCGUGUCCUCAACCCGAUCUAACUUUAGGGCUUCCCGGACAUAAAGAUCCAAACGUGAUCACUGUUCUUCUUCAAGACGAAGUCUCUGGUCUACAGGUCUUUAAAGAUGGUAAAUGGAUCGCUGUUCAUCCGGUUCCCAACACUUUCAUUGUCAACAUCGGCGACCAAAUGCAGGUUAUAAGCAAUGACAAAUACAAGAGUGUUCUACACAGAGCUGUUGUGAAUAGCGGCAAGGAGCGGAUAUCGAUACCGACAUUUUACUGUCCUUCUGAAGAUGCUGUGAUUGGUCCACCGCAAGAGCUGAUCAAUGAGGAAGAAGGUUCUCCUGCUGUUUACAAAAGCUUUACAUAUGCUGAGUAUUAUGAAAAGUUUUGGGACAAAGGACUUGCGACUGAGACCUCUCUUGACUUGUUCAAAGCUUCUACAACCUAA